AUGCAUGGAGUUGCUGGAGCCUAUGCACAUCGGAUCUUUGUCGAAGAACUCGGUGCGCAAGAAAGUUCUUUAUUGAACUGCGUACCCAAGGAGGACUUUGGUGGAGGUCAUCCCGAUCCAAAUAUGACCUAUGCUAAGGAGCUUGUGGUACAAAUGGGAUUAGGUAAAUCCGACACCGGAGUGGAGCCUCCAGACUUUGGUGCUGCUGCCGAUGGUGAUGCAGACCGUAACAUGAUCCUUGGUAAAAGGUUCUUUGUAACUCCUUCUAAAAGCAAGAGGCGGAAAAACAACAUAAAAAGAAAAAUACCUUCUGGAAUUAGUCGGCUUACACGGCUUGAGACUCUUGAUCUCUCUGACAACUUCGUCCAUAGUGACAUUCCUUUCUCACUAGACUAUCUACAAAGCUUGCAAUACAUAAGACUUAACAACAACUCUCUCUCUGGAAUAAUUCCUCUGUCACUAUCCAACAUGACUCAGCUUGCCUUACUUGAUUUAUCAUACAACAAUCUUAGUGCUCCUGUCCCAAGAUUUACUGCAAAUACCUUUAACAUCAUUGGGAACCCACUGAUCUGUCCAACGGGUAAGGAAUCAGACUGCAACGGAACUACACUGAUACCAAUGUCUAUGAACUUGAAUGAUACUGGAGCUCUUUUAAACACCAGUAGAUCCAAGAAUCACAAAAUGGCUAUAGCUGUAGGAGCUAGCGUUGGGAUUGUAUCAAUGAUCUUCAUUGCUGUUGGAUUGUUUCUCUGGUGGAGACAAAGACACAAUCAAAACACAUUAUUUGAUUUUAAAGAUGGGCAUUACCAUCAGGAAGUCUCACUAGGAAACUUGAGGAGGUUUGGUUUCAGGGAGCUUCAGAUUUCAACAAAUAACUUCAGCAGAAAGAACUUAUUGGGUAUACUUGGAGACAACACCGUGGUUGCGGUGAAAAGACUUAAAGAUGGGAAUGCAUUAGGAGGAGAGAUUCAAUUUCAGACAGAAGUAGAGAUGAUCAGUUUAGCUGUCCACAGAAACCUCUUAAGACUCUAUGGCUUCUGCAUCACGCAAGCUGAGAAGCUUCUGAGUAUUAGGAAGAGGAUAGCUAUAGGAGGUGCGACAGGGCUUGUGUAUUUACAUGAGCAAUGUGAUCCCAAUAUUAUCCACCGUGAUGUCAAGGCAGCUAAUAUGCUUCUUGAUGAUGACUGUGAAGCUGUGGUUGGUGAUUUUGGUUUAGCUAAGCUCUUCAAUCACCAAGAUACUCAUGUCACAACUUCCGUGAGAGGCACGGUAGGUCACAUUGCUCCUGAAUAUCUCUCAACUGGUCAGUCUUAUGAAAAAACCUAUUCUUUCGGGUUUGGGAUUCUUCUUCUUGAGCUUGUGCACAAAGAGCUCUUGAGUUUGGUAAAGCGGCUAACCAGAAAGGCGCAAUGCUUGAGAGAAACACACCACUGA